GUAGCCACCGCUUUUCCCCGCUCGCAUCCAGUGCGUGCCGGGCUGAAAUCUGCACCCGGGCCUCCGUGGGUGGACCGAACCUAAGCCCCACCGAAGUAAGCGCCCGAGAAGUUAACGCCAACACCGGCACUCGCUGACUUGCCCUCCGCGUCCUCCCCCCUCCCUUUUUCCCGGGUCGUCCACCUGCCUCACUCCGCGCCAUGGGCAGCCGAGACUACCUGUUCAAGGUGCUGGUGGUGGGAGACGCCGCCGUGGGCAAGACGUCCCUCGUCCAGAGGUACUGCCAGGACAGCUUCAGCAGACACUACAAGUCCACCGUGGGAGUGGACUUUGCUCUGAAGGUUCUCCAGUGGUCAGAUUCAGAAAUGGUGAGGCUCCAGCUAUGGGAUAUUGCAGGCCAGGAAAGAUUCACCUCCAUGACCCGUCUAUACUAUCGGGAUGCCUCGGCCUGUGUCAUCAUGUUUGAUGUCACCAAUGCCACCACCUUCAGCAACUGCCAGAAGUGGAAGCAGGACUUGGACUGUAAGCUCACACUGCCUAGUGGGGAGCCUGUGCCCUGCCUAUUAUUAGCCAACAAGUCUGACUUAUCCCCAUGGGCAAUGACCAGAGACCAGAUUGACCGGUUCAGCAAAGAGAAUGGUUUCACUGGAUGGACUGAAACAUCAGUCAAAGAGAACAAAAACGUUAAUGAAGCUAUGAGUUUAUUUCCUAGAGUCCUUAUUGAACAGAUGAUGGCCAAUACCAGGGAAGGCAACACAUCUCUAUCCACACAAGGCGACUACAUCAACCUGCAAACAGUAUCUUCACCUGGCUGGUCCUGCUGUUAGUUGAGUGCAGCUUUCUCCUCAUCUUGGAUUGGAGAGAUCUGACCAUCUCUUUGUUAUUCUUCUUUACCCACACAGCUGUCUAAUUAAGAAAUUGGGAUGACUCUCCUACUGAGAAAACCCCAGACUUGUUCCAUUUCUUCCAACCUAGCAGGGUGGUACCUCAUUACUCAGGCAAGACCGAUAAGUUCCUGCGGGUGUUUCUGCAUUGGUUGGAUAUGUGCUCUGAGUUACUCCCAUGGCACAGGCUAUGUGGUUCAGGUAGUGGAUUCCAAGUAGAGCCCUUUAUGCCUCUGCUCAUAGGACCUAGCUAGAAUUUUAUUGGGGUGAGGGGAGAUCGAAGGCAGCACAUUUUUUCCAUUAUGAACCCCAAUUUUCUUGAGAUGGCCAUUCCAUGAUGGCAACAUCCUGACCAGACCAAGAGAACUAAGAUCAAGAUGUUUUCUUGCCAGACUCUUUUGUGUAGCUCUCUCUGCAUCCAGGACUUUGGACUUAAGCAUCUAACUUUUGUCUGGCCAUCUGCAGACUUGGAACAACUCUAGCAGUUCUUGUGUUGCAUUUGUGGUUUUGAAAAGACUCUGAAAUCAUCUCCUUAACAAUGGUGGGACUUUUUAUCCAUAUGUCUUGCAUGACAAGAAUAUCUCUAUUCCUAAGUAUAGACAAGGAGGAAAUGACUAGAAAGUCCUUCUGGGGUCUCAUUCCUCAUGGUACAAAGAGUAUAUAUAGUUUUACAGGCUGACUGGUUAAUAAAGAACCUGGUGGUCACUCAGCUCAGCAAAAGACAUUUGCUGACUACAGUAUACCUCAGAUAGAAAUGGGACUUUGAAGUUCUCUGAAUCCAAGAGGAGGAAACAGAGAGAAGGGGAGAGACAAGCAAGACUGGAUUCUGAGGGGGUGCUUGGCUCCUGGUACAGGUUCAUAGCUAUAGAAAGGUUGUGUGAUCCUGGGGAUAAGGAGGUUUACUAUGUAUGUAACAUUAAGCACAAAAUCCCAUGAUUCUCUUUCAUGUCACGGUCCUCUUCUGGAUGGUGGGAUUUCUUCACGGGAUUAAAAUGGAUGGGAAUGCUCUUUGAGGACAAUAAUCUAUUCAGAGCUUAAGCUAAGUGUUAGGUCACAAAUGUGGAAGUGAUGAACACAGAGGCCAGGUAGCAGGGUCAGAAAAGAGACCAAAAUCUUUCCAAGAAAAAUGUAAACCAUUUAAUACAACUUUUGUACAAUCCUGAGAGACUUCUAAAGAUUCCUUUUUGUGUUCAAUAAAUUUUGUUGACAAUUA